AAAAGAGUAGAGAGAUCUAGAGAGAGAGAGAGAGAUGACUAUGACUCUGCCCUUGAAUUCGACGAUGAAGACGCCAAUGAAUCAGAAUCCUGUGGUGGCGGUAUCUUCUUCGUCGUAUCUUUCCUUGUGUCCGAGUUUUCCGCGUCAUCUUCGAGUUUCGUGCGUUGCCACAAACCCCAGAAAAACAAGUGAACAAACACAGAAGAAGACGUUUCGACCCAUCAAAGAAGUACCAAACCAAAUAACCCACACGAUAACACAAGAGAAGCUUGAGAUCUUCAAAUCGAUGGAGAAUUGGGCACAAGAAAACUUACUAUCAUACCUCAAACCUGUCGAAAGUUCAUGGCAACCACAAGACCUUUUGCCUCAAACCAAUGACGAAGACCGAUUCUACGAACAAGUGAAAGAGCUAAGAGAUCGAACAAGAGAGAUCCCCGACGAUUACUUUGUAGUUCUUGUAGGAGAUAUGAUCACCGAAGAAGCAUUGCCAACUUAUCAAACGACUUUGAACACACUCGACGGUGUCAAGGAUGAGACCGGCGGGAGUUUAACGCCGUGGGCGAUCUGGGUUAGAGCGUGGACGGCAGAGGAAAACCGACACGGUGAUUUGUUGAACAAGUAUCUCUAUCUAUCUGGUCGUGUUGAUAUGCAGCAGGUUGAAAAAACUAUUCAAUAUCUGAUCGGAUCUGGCAUGGACUCCAAAUUUGAAAACAACCCAUACAAUGGCUUCAUUUACACGUCUUUCCAAGAGAGAGCGACUUUCAUCUCCCACGGCAACACGGCGAAGCUAGCCACUACCUACGGCGACACCACUCUGGCGAAAAUCUGCGGCACGAUCGCCGCCGACGAGAAGCGGCACGAGACGGCCUACACACGUAUCGUCGAGAAGCUCUUCGAGAUCGAUCCCGAUGGGACCGUGCAGACUCUGGCGAGUAUGAUGAGGAAGCGGAUCACGAUGCCUGCUCAUCUGAUGCACGACGGUCGCGACGACGAUCUGUUCGAUCAUUACGGCGCGGUGGCGCAGCGAAUCGGAGUUUAUACGGCGAUGGAUUACGCCGGGAUAUUGGAGUUUUUGCUGAGGCGGUGGAAGGUGGAGAGCUUAGGAGUGGGGUUUUCCGGAGAAGGAAGGAGAGCGCAGGAGUAUCUGUGCACCUUGCCGCAGAGGAUCAGAAGGUUGGAGGAGAGGGCUAACGAUAGAGUCAAACUCGGGCCGAGGCCUUCUGUUUCCUUCAGCUGGAUCUACGGGAGAGAAGUUGGAUUAUAAGAUAAAAAAGUGAUAUAAAAUAGAGAAUGUUGGGGGUUAGUGAAGGCAUGUUUGUAAUAAAAUGUAAUAAUAGGACGAACUUCAUGACGAAAAAUGUUGUUCUUGCGUGUUAGUAGAAUGUUGCGUUAGCGAAGAUAUGUCGGAAAUAGGAGUACAAAUG